GUCAGUUAACUUGAUGACUGGACAAACGAUUGAUGCUUAGUUGACGUAUUUCUGACCCCACUGAAUGACGUGGAUUAAAAGAAACAAAUAAAAAUAAAGUAAAAAAACUUUUUCGAUUCAUUUUCCGUUCCACGACCUCUUCCCUCUCUCUCAUCGCCCUCCUCCCACCUCCACCUCCACUGCCACCACUCUACCUCUUCUCUCCUCCUAAACCUUCUUUCUCUCUUUCAAUCUUAAUCAACCGGCGCCGACGCUAACAACCACAACACUAUCGUCGUCCUCGAGUUUCCAUUUCAACCGCCGACAUUGUCGUCAAUCGGACCUCGCUGCUGCAGCCUUCAGAUCCCGCCGCCAUCGUCGUCAAUUGGACCUCGCUGCUUGGGCACUCGUGCAGGCCGUGACCCAUUACACAGACCUGAAUGUUCUUGCAGAGGUGAGAUGUGGGUUUGGGUAAAUCCAUAUUUUUAUUUAUGUUCUCUGUUAGCAACCUCUGCAUCUUCCAAGAACCGGCGACCACCUCCGACUCGGCUCCCAACUCCUCUUCAUCGCCUCUUCCCCAACGGCCACCGCCGAAUUUGCCUCCCUUUUUGCCCCCGAAGCAGCUGCCGUACCCAGAUCCUCUGUCGCCAGGUCCAGGGCUGGAGCUCCCCGCCGCGGCGAGAGAUCAAGCGGCGACGAAUUCGAAGAGCGGAGUGAAGGAGGCGUAACGGCAGCGAUGGUUCCUUCAGCUGAAGGGAAGAUGUGAAAGAUGAAGAGGAAUCCCUCUGGUACUGGUGGAGAUUAUUUUUCAGAUUGUUGUUACUACCCUCCGAUUGCUUGUGCGGCGGUGGCGAUGGUUCCUUCGGCUGCCUUAGUGCGUGAAGGUGAACUCGGAGAAGGUAAGAGAGAGAGAGGCACGUUUCUCCAGGGUAUAAGAAAGAAAAAAAUUAAUUAAUUAUUUAUUUAUUUGCUGACGUGGCGUCCACAUGUGAAAUUUUGAUGACUAGGAGCUUACGUGUGGGAUGGGUAUGGUCCUAGUCAGCGUUCCGUCGCAUUAACUGACGCCGUAACAAAUGGCGUUAAAGUUU